UAGGAGUUCAUGUGGAGGCGCCAGUGCCUAUUACAAUUUACAACUCGCGCGCGGCCACGACCAACCACGGCCGCUCAGGCUUAACCGGUCACGGUCAGCAAAACCCGGAGGCCCCUCCGCGUGCAUCAGACGGUGCGGCCGCCAUGCCGCUGCGCGCACCACCUGCCGUGCCGCCCCUUCCCUCUCCAGCCUCCGUGAAACCCCGCCGCUUCCACGCCGCCACCCACCACCACCAAGAGCCCGUUCCUGUCCCUGCACACAGAUACACCUACGCGACCCUCCUCCAGCGCAGCGCCGUCGCCGCCAAUCCCCACCUCGCCGCCGCCCUCCACGCGGCGCUCCUCAAGCCGGGCCUCCUCUCCUCCGACCUCUUCCUCUGCAACCACCUCCUCAUCGCCUACUUCAAAUCUCGCUUCCACCGCCACGGCCUCCGCCUGCUCGACGAAAUGCCCCGUCGCAACGCUGUCUCAUGGUCCGUCGCCAUUGCAGGGCUCACGCAGGGCGACCACCCCCGCGAGGCGCUUGCGCUGUUCCGGCGGAUGCUUCUUGCCGGGUGCCCGCCUAACGAGUUCGCGCUGGUGAGCGCGCUCAACGCGAGUUCGUUCGUCGUCGGUGCCGCGGGCGCUGGCCGCGCGCGGCAGCUGUACGCUCUCGCCGUGCGCCUUGGCUUUGAGUCCAAUGUCUUCCUGAUGAACGCCUUCCUCUCCGCAAUGGUCCGUCUGGGGCAGCUCGCGGACGCGGUGCAGCUGUUCGAUGAUGCUCGUGCCCGGGACAUCGUCUCGUGGAACACGCUGCUUGCGGGGUUCGUGCGCCAUUGGUGCGUGCAGGGGUGGAUUCUAUGGCGAAGGAUGGUCAGGGAAGCUGUUGGCGCCGACGGUUUCUCGUUCAGCACCGUGCUUUCAGGACUGGCAGCAAGUGCAAGCUUGGCAAGCGGCUUGCAAGUUCAUGCACAGCUCGUCAAGAGUGGCUUUGGUGGCGAUGUCUAUGUGGGGAACUCUUUGGUGGAGAUGUAUAUGAAGUGCAAGUGCCUGGUUGACGGCACCAGAGCGUUCACAGAGAUUCACUGCAAAGAUGUUGUGUCAUGGACAGAGAUGGCCGCUGGCUGCCUACACUGUGGUGAGCCUGCCAAGGCAAUUGGCAUUCUCAAUCACAUGAUGCUGGAUGGAGUUAUGCCUAACAGUUACACAUUUGCAACGGUGGCUAAUGCUUGCGCAAGCCUCACCGAUCUGGAUGAAGGAAGGAAAGUUCAUGGAUAUGUGAUCAAGCUAGGAGAUGACUCAGAUGUUGGCGUCAACAAUGCACUCAUCGAUAUGUAUGCCAAGUGCGGGUCAGGGAACUGUGCUUACAAGGUGUUCCUGUCCAUGCAACAGCGGCCGGUUAUCUCCUGGACAGCGAUGAUCAUGGGUUUUGCGCAGAACGGUCUAGCUCGCGAGGCUGUGGAGGUGUUUGACGACAUGCUGUUGAAAGGCGUGGCACCCAACUAUGUCACAUUAAUCUGUGUUCUGUACGCUUGCAGCCAAGGUGGGUUUGUGGAUGAAGGUUGGAUAUACUUCAACGCCAUGGAGGAUAGGUUUGGUGUUCAGCCUGGUGAGGACCACUAUGCCUGCAUGGUCGAUCUCCUCGGAAAAGCAGGCCGUAUCGAGGAGGCUGAAGAGCUGAUAUCAAGGAUGCCAUUCCGGCCAGGGGUUCUGGUCUGGCAGGCAUUGAUGGCAACGAGGCUGCAGGCAGGAGAGCUGCAGAGUGUGCACUUGCGCUCGAAAAGGAUGAUCCAUCGACAUAUAUGUUACUAUCCAACAUGCUUGCCGACCGGUACAAUUGGGACAGUGCAGGGAAGCUGAGAGGACUCAUGCAAGAUACAGACAUCAUGAAGGUGCCUGGAUCUUCAUGGUUUCAAUCCACGGCUGACAGAAACCGAACUUGUAUCAGGUGAACUUCUGUUCAGUGGAAUAGAAGCAUCUGGUUCUGCAUUUGACCUGAAAGCAUCAGACUAGAGAAAGAAUCAGUUACUUUGAUCAUCUCUAUCUGAUUGGACUGGCUUCUGCAAACACCUCACUGGUAAAGGGAAGUGGCUUGUAUUUGACCAACAAUUUAACAUGGCUAUAUCUUAAUUGAGCUACACUUUGAUCA